AUGUCAGACCCCAACAACGAGGAAAAAAUUACGGAAAAGCAAGUUAUAGAUAACCAAGCAGGAAAAAUUAGUCUUAUCUAUACUGUGAAAUGUCGAGAGUGUGGGGAAGAAUUUACCGAUAAACAAAGUAAAGAUUUUGGAAUGGGUAGUCAAUUUUAUCCAUCAGCAGACUAUCAUCGUAAAUUAAGAGUGAAAUUACUAGACCACAAAAGCAAAGUCCAUGGAAUUGGAGAUAAUUUUUGUAGUAAAUGUCAAACUCAAAUCUACGAUUAUAGUGGUCAAAAUAUGUCUGACCCAGGAAUGGAGGGGGGUGUUCAUUGUGGUCGUUGCUCUAAACAAAUGUUAGACAUACAAAGCCACAAAACGGAGAAUGGUAAAUAUAUUAUCAAGCAUAAUUGCCAAAUGGAAUGUGGAAAUGAAAUGAGUGGAAUUAGACUUGAUGGUUGUGGCAAAACUUUUCAAUUUAAUCAAGCCUAUGUUGAUUUUCUUUUCAAAUAUAGAAAGGGAAAGUUUUAUAAUGAGUGUCCUAAUUGUGAAAUAAAAAAACUCAAAAUGUUAGGUAAUCAUGCCAAUGAUAAAGAAAAAGAAGAGUUAAAAGAAUUAGAAAAAUUAACUGGGGAUAAACUGCUAAUUGAGUAUAAUAACAAUUCUCCAACGGAAACUAAACCCAUCGAUAACCAAGAAUUACAACUAAUUCAAUCUUAUUGUCAAGCCCAAGGACUAACUAAUUUAAGUUUGAGUGAUUUACAGAAAUCACAAAACAAACCAAUUAAUAUUGAAAAAAACCCUGAUAGAGUUCUUAAUAAUAAUGUAGUUCUGAAAAAAGCUUAUAAAGUAAUCCAUGAGCAAGCCACUACUUUGUUAAAACAAAGAGAAGCAUUAUUUGAAGACAAUUCUAAAUUAAGAGAACAAGUAAAUACUCUGACAGCUGAAUUGGCUAAGGAAAAACUUGAAUGA